AUCUGUACAUGUGCUGUUUGCUCCUCUGGUCUUGUAUCUGCUUUGCGUCUUCCAAAAAAAAAAGGACUGUAUAGAGGUCGUUUCGUAGAAGUUCGGAAAGGUACCCUGGCAUCGAAGACUACUUCUCACCAUGGAAAGAUUUCUGUUGAUGGUAGUCGUGGCGGUCACUCUGCUAGGCCAUGCCCAAUGCCAACUUCGUGAACUGUGCAGUCUCGGACAAUACAACGUGACUCAGAUUCCCGGAUUCGUCAUCGCGUCCACAACGGUGUUCGCUUCUUCAGUCGUGAACGCCACACAGCAGGCGGACUGGAAAAUCAUCAACUACUUCAAGGGAGCAAACGACAAAAACCUGAAAAUGGACCUCCCAGGUACUUUUGUAACGCAGACCUACAUCAGUUCUGCACCUGUACGGGAGGUGACUGUCGGCGCCUUUAUACCCAGGAACCUGUGGGACACCCGCCUGCACCGACUGAUGACGAGGUAGUUAUUGACGUUGUACCGAGCGCCAUCAUGUACGGAAGGAUGAUUCAGGGACAAAAGCUGGGGGUUACUCCUGACAAGGAGGCGGCCGAGUUGUUUUCCAUCCUCAAGGAGCAGAAAGAACCCGUCUGGUCCGAAGAUGACUACUAUUACUACUUGCGUCCUUUGGGAAGUGAUGUUAGUGAUCUUAAGGAUGGCUGGGAAGAUUUUGGAGGAGCUUUACUCAUCUUCGCUAGUAAUGAGAAAGUCCAGAACUACUACAAGUUUGCUGAAGGCGCCGUUAAGAGCCAGUCGCGACUGCCAAAGUGUCUCAGGGGAAGGGAAAUCACCUGGCCCAAACCUGUGGUAUCUUCAAAUGUAGGGGCUGGAAGGAAUUCAUGUCGGCAGA